AUGUUAUCUAAAUCCCAGCCCAUCAAUGUUUUAGUCAAUGAUCAGCUACAACAGAAAAUAAACAAAAAUAGAGAAGUUUUGAAAUCUAUUGUUGAUACCAUCAUUUUAUGUGGUCAUACCAAUUCAGCUUUGCGGGGACAUAGGGAUGAUGGGAAAUAUCUCCCUGAGGCAGGAGGCUAUGCUAAUCAAGCCGGGGUUGGAAAUUUUCAUAAGUUUUUAAACUUUUCAAUUCGCAGUGGCAAUCAACUAUUAAAAGAUCAUUUAGAGUCCAGUGCUAAAAAUGCCAGGUAUAUUUCUAAAACAGUGCAGAAUGACUUAAUUGGAUGUUGUGGUCAAGAAAUUACUAAUGAAAUCAUUUCUGAGGUUAAAGUAAAUAAGUUUUAUUCCAUAAUUGCAGAUGAAGCAUGUGACUCAUCAACUAAAGAGCAAAUGGCUCUCAUUUUAAGAUAUGUUGAUAGCACUUGUGAAAUAAAAGAGGACUUCAUUCGUUUUUUACACUGCUCUGAAGGAUUAUCUGGUGCUGAUCUCUUCAGUACAAUUAUGAAAUGUUUAAAAGAAGAUCUAGGGCUUGACAUAAUGGAUUGCAGAGGACAGGGCUAUGAUGGUGCUGGGUCAGUUUCUGGUCACAUUAAUGGUCUAUCUUCUCAUAUUUUAAGACUUAAUUCAAAAGCCAUUUAUACACAUUGUCACUCUCAUAAACUUAAUUUAACAGUGUGUGAUUCCCUAGACAUAUUGUUAGUGUCAGAAGUGUUUGAUAAAGUGAAGGAAUUGUCAUACUUUUUCAAUUUGUCUGAAACAAGACAAAACGUUCUGCAAAAGUUUGUUGUUGAGUGUAAGCCUGAUACCUCAAAAUCUAAGUUGAAAGAUAUUUGUAGGACAAGGUGGGUUGAACGAAUCGAUGCUCUAGAAGACUUUUUGAAAUUGUACACAACCAUUGUGAAAUGUCUUAAAUAUAUGUCUUCUUCUGAUUGUAUGUGUAACAGAGAUACAAAGUCUAAGGCUUCAAGUUUUGUCAAUUCAAUUUCCAGAUUUGAUUUUUUAAUUUCUUUAGUGUGUACUACCAAAGUUCUGUUGGUGACUCUUCCUGUCACACGAAAUUUACAAUCUAAAUCUGUAGAUAUUCUUAAAGGUAUCAAUUUAAUUUCUGCAUUGAAAAAAGAGUUAAUUGAUACUAGAAAUUCUGUUGAUGCAUUUCAUAAUAAUGUAUUUUCUGAGGCAGUUGCUAUUGCAAAUGAGCUGGAUGUAACCAUUAAAGCACCAAGAAUUUGUAAAACACAAAUCCAUAGGUCAAACACUCCUUUUGACUCAGUAUCUGAUUAUUUUAAACGUUCAGUAACAAUACCACUUCUAGAUUUUCUUAAUACUUCUAUUAGUAAGCGCUUUCAACCUGAAACAGUUGCUGCUUACAAAGGAUUGGCAUUAAUUCCAUCUCAUUUAUUUUUCCUUAAAAGUCAGGGUAAAGACUGGAAAAACGAAGUUCAAGAUUUUAUUACAUUUUAUACGUCUGAUUUUCUUAGUGUUAAUGCCCUUCAAUCUGAACUGUCGCUCUGGGAAAAAUAUUGGGAAGAAUAUACUGAUACUCUCCCUGAUAGCAUAUCCUUGGCAUUAAAAGCAGUUUCUUUCCCUGGUUUUGAAAAUAUAAAAAUAGCCCUACGUAUUCUAGGGACUCUUCCUGUUACUUCCUGUGAGAGUGAAAGGAGUUUCUCUGCAUUAAGAAGGUUAAAAGAAUACGCACGGAGUACCAUGACCAAUGAUCGUUUAAAUGGGUUAGCAUUGUUAUAUAUCCAUCAAGAAAUUAUCCCUGACAAAGAUAAAGUUAUUGAUAGAUACGCUCUUUCAAAUCGUAGGCUUGAAUUUUAA